AAAAACAAAAACAAAAAAAAAAAAACGAAAUCUGGGAGUUUGGUCGAAUCUCCAGCCAAAUGCAAAAACGCUAGAUGGCCACUCCCCAUGGGACCUUAAUCCGCCAUACAUUGUCGCCGAACUAACCUAGGUAUUCAUGGCCUCUGUUCCUUCGGCAUCCUUAUUCUCAUUGCCCCUACCUUCUUGGCAACAACCCCAGAGUGUACGGGUGGCUAAAUAUGAGUCUAAGAAGCGGAAGAAGACCUUCGAUGAUUCGGGGGACAAUGAUGAUGAUCUAGACGGGGAAACCACCGAUGCUGCGUCAGAACCUGCGCUUCCGGCGCCGUCUCUCACCCUAUCACCAGAUGAAGCUCAUCAAUACCGCGUCGCGGGCUUGUCUUUCGACCAGGAAUUGCCGGGAGGCAAGUUUCCGCAUGCACCCGCACGAUCCAAAUCUUCCGUGCGACAGACACAGGAAGGCGUACUUGCAGAGUUGUCUUCUCUUUCCUCGCCGUUUUAUCCGCCUCAGUCUGCGGCGCAUCAGGGUAACCUUCGUCUACAGCACCUCGCCGCACUGACAACUAUAUUGCACCGCUGUCUUCUUCAGAAGGACUAUGAAUUCAAUGGAAGGCCGAUUGAUGUGCGGACUGAGGGGAGGUGGGGGAUUGACAUGGCUGCUGAAAAAGGGAGUGCCGACCUCAGCUCGCAAUUAGAAGGUCCAGCUUCUGAGCUCAUGUUCACAAGAAAGGGCUUUGAGGAUGCCAAGAAUUAUUAUGAGAGAUUGAUCAUUCAACAUCCCUCGUUGCAUUUCUACCCCGCCAUGUUUGGUCUCUGGGUUUAUGUGAUUCAAGAGGAGAGCGAAGUUAGUCGGCGGAACAUCUGGGCUCGGGAUGAAGACCUCGCCUCAGACCACGGCAGUCAUCGUGAUUCCAAGCAAAGAGCCCACGCGCUCGCGCAGAAACUUGCAGGGAGAAUGGAUGAGAUUCUGGGGUCUCCCCCUUACUCUGACUCUCCGGAGUUGUUAGAGCUCCGGGGAAUGGUGUCACGUUGGAUUGCGGAUCUAUUUGUCUCCUCUGUGCCCGGAGGAGAGACCGAAUAUGACUACUAUACCGAUGAAGAAGAUCACGACGACAUGAUACGCGAACGCAGACUUGCGAUGGAGAAGCGAGCGUCGGAGACUCAGAAAUCGGAAGAUUUCUUCAACAAAGCUAGACAGCGUGCCAAGGGAGUAACGUCUACUCUUGAUGAUUUUCAUAUUGAUGAUAACGAAUCGAUGGAUUUCGUGCAUGCCAGAGCACCUGGCGCCCAAAACCGAUCUCGCACAAGUAAUGAAGCCCCCAGUCUCGCAUCCAGACAGGCUCUAGCAGCCCAAGCCAGGGUGGAGGUACCGUCAGCCAACCUACUUGCCCCGGUCCCCCUACCGGGCAAUAAAACAAACCCACUGGAGCAUUACGGGCAGCAGCCGCAACCGCCGCAGCCACAAGCGGUUGAAGAUGCUGCGCCCAGGGAUAUGUUCGACACCGAUGUGGAAGGGAUUGACGACUCGACCAUUGCAGCAACAAGCGUUCUGGGAUUAGAUGACAUCCCCCCUCAGUACCAAUUAUCUUCAACAACUCAACACCACGCGACCAAUUUAGAGCAGUUCCAGCCUCGCCCGUCUCAGCUCCCGCAUCGCUCUCAUGAUGCAAAUUGGUACGCGAACUUUGGCGACAACGCCCUAAAGUCAGCUGGUUUCGGCUCAGGGGACGCUGGCGAUGAAGUCGAAAGCCAAUUGACCUCCGUCGUGGGAGAUGACGAACAGUCCGAUGCGACCGAGGACGCGGAUUAUGCUCGGCGUUACAGGUCUUCUACCACGACUGCCAACGAGCCACUGAGCAAACGUCUUCAGAACUUCUGGAGUGCCAGUCGGCGCACGUACCAGAAUCCUACCGAAGACCCUCCCGCUACUAACGUGUAUCCGGAGCCAUCCAAGGCAUCGGGUCCCGGGGUGCUGAGGCAAACCCAGUCCGACACCAGGAUGAUGACCACUAGUCAGGUGCUGCCCUUGACCGGCAACAGCAGAAAAGUUACUCUCCCGCGCAGCAUGACCGCUACCCCCCGGACGAGGUUUAGUCCGCCCAAGCCCACUCUCUUGGAACAGCUGGAUUUGACACCCACCCGCCGGACGUCUGGACCACGACCCCAGCCAGGCAGAGGUGUUGCAGGUAUCACAGGGACUAGCCACUAUCAACACCGGCAACAGAAUACCCGCGACAUUGCGGAAGAGUACGGUCUUUACGACAGCGACCUCGGGAGACGAGGUAGCCUCCCUCCACUAAGUGCCUUCGACAUAACCAAUAUCGAUGACCUCGAGAACGACCAUGACCACGAUGACGACCACGACCCAAUCAACGACCCCUUCUCCCGACGCUUAUCCGUUCAGCGCAUCAGCCCCGACAACAACAGCCCUAACAAGAGCCCUAACAACAGCCCCAACAACGAUCCCCAAGACCACUACUCCAGAAAGCGCCAGCUUGAUCCAGACUACCCCCCGGAGGUUUUGCGACAGAAGACUUUUGCAGAACUCCAAUCCGAACCCUUCGACUACAUUCCCGCUGCCGACUCUGCGGCAGCAGAAACCAAACCCGCGCCCCCGUUGUCCUCAAUUCCUAGCGCCGCACCCGAGCCAGACGCAAAACCCGAGGAUAAGAUACAGUACCUACUGAACCUCACCGAACACGACCGUCGGGAGUUCUUCGCUGGUCUCACGAUGGACGCAUGGGAGGACUACGGUGAUCUCCUCAUUGACCAGUUCUCCGCGACCCUCACCAAGAUGAAGGACCUACGGCGCGCCCGUCGACAGACCGCGGCCGUGUUCGAGGCGGAGAUCAAACGACGGCACGACCUCGUCGAGGAACAAUCUGCCGAAUUAUCUCAAAAACUCAAGGACAUGAAAAGUGGCGGGGCGGAGGUUCUCCGCGGGCGUACCCCUCAAGGAGAGUAG